CGGCGGCGGCGGCGGCGGCAGCCCAGCGCCCCGACCAGGCCCCGGCGGCCCAGAGGCCGCGAGGCUUGAGGCCGGGCCGCCGGCGCCCGGGGGAGGCGGGCGAGGCCGGGGCCCUGCAGCCGCCGCCAGGCCCCGCGCGGGGAGGAGCGGCCCGACAUGGCGGGCGGGCCCUGCGGCGGCGGCCCCGCGGCGGCCGGCGGCGGCGAGAUCGUGCAGCUCAACGUCGGCGGCACCAGAUUUAGUACCUCAAAACAGACUCUUAUGUGGAUUCCAGAUUCCUUUUUUUCCAGCUUGCUGAGCGGGAGAAUUUCAACACUUAGAGAUGAAACUGGUGCUAUAUUUAUUGAUAGAGAUCCGGCAGCAUUCGCACCCAUUUUAAAUUUUCUUCGGACAAAAGAAUUAGACUUAAGGGGCGUGAGUAUUAACGUUCUCCGGCACGAAGCUGAGUUUUACGGAAUCACCCCGCUGGUGAGGAGGCUCCUGCUGUGCGAGGAGCUGGAGCGCUCGUCCUGCGGCAGUGUCCUGUUCCACGGGUACCUGCCCCCCCCAGGUAUUCCUAGUCGUAAAAUAAACAACACAGCCCGGUCCUCUGCCGACGCCAGGAGUGGGCUGGCCUCUGCGGAAGGGGAGGCCCGGGGCGGUGGCGCCCAGCCCGUCCUCUCCGCCUCUAGCGAGGAAACUGCCCGGCUGGCAGGAUUUCCCGUGGACCCACGCAAGGUGCUGAUCGUGGCUGGCCACCACAACUGGAUCGUGGCUGCCUACGCCCACUUCGCCGUCUGCUACAGGAUCAAAGAGUCCUCGGGGUGGCAGCAGGUGUUCACCAGCCCGUACUUGGAUUGGACGGUUGAGCGAGUCGCUCUGAACGCGAAGGUGGUCGGCGGUCCCCAUGGAGACAGGGACAAAAUGGUUGCCGUGGCCUCGGAGAGCAGCAUCAUCCUCUGGAGCGUCCAGGACGGCGGGAGCGGAACGGAAAUCGGCGUGUUCAGCCUCGGCGUGCCCGUGGAUGCACUCUUCUUCAUCGGGAACCAGCUGGUGGCCACGAGCCACACGGGGAAGGUGGGCGUGUGGAACGCCGUCACCCAGCACUGGCAGGUUCAGGAUGUCGUCCCUAUAACGAGCUACGACACCGCCGGGUCGUUCCUCCUGCUCGGGUGUAACAACGGGUCCAUCUAUUACAUCGACAUGCAGAAGUUCCCUCUGCGGAUGAAGGACAACGAUCUCCUCGUCACCGAACUCUACCACGACCCUUCCAACGACGCCAUCACCGCGCUGAGCGUGUACCUCACACCCAAGACAAGUGUCAGCGGGAACUGGAUUGAGAUCGCCUACGGGACCAGCGCGGGGGCCGUGCGGGUGAUCGUGCAGCACCCCGAGACCGUGGGCUCGGGCCCGCAGCUCUUCCAGACCUUCACCGUGCACCGCAGCCCCGUGACCAAGAUCAUGCUGUCCGAGAAGCACCUCGUGUCGGUCUGUGCAGAUAACAACCACGUGCGGACGUGGACGGUGACACGGUUCAGAGGCAUGAUCUCCACUCAGCCCGGGUCCACGCCGCUCGCCUCCUUCAAGAUCCUGUCUCUGGAGGAGACGGAGAGUCCCGGCAGCUACACCUCUGCCAACGACAUCGGGCCCUUUGGAGAGCGAGAUGACCAGCAGGUGUUCAUCCAGAAAGUGGUCCCCAUCACCAACAAGCUGUUCGUCAGGCUCUCCUCCACCGGGAAGAGGAUCUGUGAGAUCCAGGCCGUGGACUGCACCACCAUCUCCGCCUUCACCGUGCGGGAGUGCGAGGGCUCCAGCAGGAUGGGCUCGCGGCCCCGGCGCUACCUGUUCACCGGCCACACCAAUGGCAGCAUCCAGAUGUGGGACCUGACCACCGCCAUGGACAUGGUCAGCAAGAGCGAGGACAGGGAUGCAGGCGGCCCCACGGAGGAGGAGCUGCUGAAGCUGCUGGACCAGUGCGACCUGAGCGCGUCCCGCUGUGCCACGCCCAGCAUCAGCCCGGCCGCCUCGGUGGUGCAGCACAGCCGGCUCCGCGAGGCCGGCUCCAGCCUCCAGCUGCAGCACCACGAGGCCAUCCCCGAGGCCGCCACCUACAGCUCGGUGCGGCCGUACCGGGAGAGCCCCCUGCUGGCCCGGGCACGGCGCACCGAGAGCUUCCACAGCUACCGCGACUUCCAGAGCCUGCACCUGCCCCGCAGCCUGGAGCGCGCCCUGCCCGAGGACGCCAGCCCCGGGCCCAGCCAGGCCGAGGUGAAGCGGGCGGCGGGGGACUGCGCGGGGCCCGAGGGCGCGGCCCCCGGAGCCGAAGCGCGGGGAGCACGGGAGGCGGAGACGCACGGAGCAGCCGAGGCCGGCCCGGAGGCCAAGAGGAGGGCGCCCGAGGACGACGGCGACCGAGGGGAGCCCCGCAGGAAAGGCGGGUUCGACGGGGGCGGCUUCCUGGGCAGGAAGAAGGGGCCCCACCUGGCCUCCUCGCCCAGCACCUCCGACGGAGGCACCGACUCGCCCGGCACCGCGUCCCCGUCCCCCACCAAGACCACGCCGUCCCCCCGGCACAAGAAGAGCGACUCCUCGGGGCCGGAGUACAGCCUGUGAGCGCCUGCGGGUGGGUGGUCCAUGGGGGGCGGGGGGCCCUCGGGUGUCUGACAGCAGGCGCCGGCCACGCGGGCCACCAGCCUGAACGUGGGCCUCUGCGUGUCGUCGGACACCCAGCGCCCUCACCACCGGCCCGAGGCAGGACCGGACCAAUGAGUCUAACUCCUGGGUCCAGUACACGAGCUUCCACACCAAAACUCUACACAAACGUGGACUUCUCUUCCGAUCUUCCUAACACAAUGAGAUGGAGUAACCAGAACAAAACCAGAGCUCUCGUGACCUUUCUGAACAAGUACGUCCAAUUGGUAAUCUGUAAAGCUAGUCCAGGGAGCUCAGAAACACGUGUCGUAACUCCCCCACCUGAUCCGGAGGUGAACACCCCUGAGAACAUGGUGAUCGACCGACCACAUUCCUCACGUAGACUCCGCCUGAGCCUGCCUCGCUGGUUAUCUUAAGUCACACACUUCUCAGUUGUGGAACUUAGUCUCUCACCCUAAUUGUGGUUGCACAGUGUUUACCGAUAUUUAACGAGGUGCUAUGUUUGUGGAGAAAUGCCGUGUCAUUCACAACACUAUUGAUGCUGAGGGUACUUGUCAGUGUAGGUCAUCUCCCGAUUCUCAUUGUUGGUCUUAAACCUUAGCAUGCGUCACCAGUAAAUGCCCAAAGCCCACUUACACUUACUUUACAGUGGGCGCAGCUGUCUGUGUGUGAACAGGUGGAACAGUAAGGACAAAGCUCUGAGUGCCCAGAAGGGAACACUACCAAGGGUAGGCUGCCUUGUGUAGGAGCCACCGUGUUAACAUAAACAAUCGAAUCAGGCCAUGGCCACUUAGUUAACGGCCAUGCGUCCAAAAUGGAACCGUCCCCAUUUCUUCCAGAUGCGCUGGAAUAUUUGAGUCGCCAUGAUUAUCUUUACAACCAGAGGUGUCACUAACAGUCUGAUUUUAAAACUGGGAGACCAGAGUGGAUACGCAAGGUGUGUGGCUGUGGACAAGGUCCGCCGCUUGCGCCUAUGGCUGCUGAGGAAACUACAAGGUUUGGGCCGCUGCAAAAAUGUUCCUUUGAAUAUAUUUUAAAUCGUUAAGAAAAAAGAUAAUGUUUUGUAUUUUUGUUCCACGUGAUUGGAAUGACAAAUUUUAAGUAUCUGCAAAUAGGGUAAUUGUGAAGCAUUAAGCAUUUACUGGUGAAAAAUGUAUAUAUUCCCAUUCCAGGAAAUACGUGAGUAAAACUGAAUAAAUGCUUUCAAGUUUACCAUAUCGCCAGUGGUUUCACAACCGUUGUCCUGUAUUUAUUUAAGUCCAAUAAAAAGGAGGAAGACUA